AGCCGCCGCUGAGCGCCGGCUCCCUCCCCCUCUUUCGCCGCCGCUGUGGGGAUGGAAACAUCUGCCCCACGUGCCGGAAGUCAGCUGAUGGCGACAACGACGCGUCACUUGGCGUCCCACCGCGCCGAGGCCCUGCGGGUGUCCUCGCGAGACGAGCUCGCCGAAAUGGCCGCGUCCAGUCAAGGAAACUUUGAGGGAAAUUUUGAGUCUCUGGACCUCGCGGAGUUUGCUAAAAAGCAGCCAUGGUGGCGCAAGCUGUUCGGGCAAGAAUCUGGGCCCUCUGCUGAGAAGUAUAGUGUGGCUACCCAGCUGCUCAUUGGAGGCGUAACUGGAUGGUGCACGGGUUUCAUAUUCCAGAAAGUUGGGAAGUUGGCGGCAACAGCUGUGGGAGGUGGAUUUUUUCUCCUUCAGCUUGCAAACCAUACUGGCUACAUCAAGGUUGAUUGGCAGCGAGUGGAGAAGGAUAUGAAGAAAGCCAAGGAACAGCUGAAAAUCCGUAAGAGCAACCAGAUACCUACUGAAGUCAAGAGCAAAGCCGAGGAGGUGGUAUCAUUUGUGAAGAAGAACGUCCUUGUGACUGGGGGAUUUUUUGGAGGCUUUCUGCUGGGCAUGGCAUCCUAAGGCGGACAACUUCACUUCCAUUGUUUCUAGGUUGUUUUUCUUUCAUUCAUCAGAAUGUGUUAGUUGUGUUUUUCCAACCAGAAGCCUCUACGCUUCGUCAUAGGACAUUGAGUCUGUCCUCAUCUUCCUGUUCUCCUGUGCCUUCCUCCUUGCACUGGCAGAUCCGAAUAGCUUUCUGUUGGGACAAGUUAACUUAGUAUGGACCUAACUUGAACUUGCUGAUGAUGAAGGAGGCAAUAGACAUUACGUUCUUCUCCCAGCCCGCCCCCCACUGGCUAGUGUGUAGGUCAACAAGAAUGUUUCUUUUCCCUACGUAAGAUGCAAGAUGGCUCACCGAGGAGGAUGAGUGGAUCCUCAAAUGUUACCCCAUACUGUUGAUUUGAAAAAGAAAUAGCAAGCACGUAGAUACCUUGUUAUUAUGUGCUGCAUGGAAAGAACUGAAUACAUUUGGCUUUAAGCAUCAAAUAUUUUGCUAUCUUGGUGUCUGCUUACUUCUUUAGUUGGUUUCAUACUACAGAAAGAGCUGUUCAUACCUGUUACUGUUAUCCUGACAGAAAUGACUGCAUAAACAUUAUAAUUGAAAAA